UGUGUGUGUGUGUGUCUGUCUGUCUGUCUGUCUGUCUCUCUCAGUAAUCACCUGCAUACACUUUCUGUGAUAUUCACCCUGGAAGAUCCUCAGCCAAAGUGGGGCUAAACUCUGUAUUUUCAUGUUCGUAUAGCCUCCCCCCAGACGGUGAAUGCAGGUAGCCCUGCUUUGGAGGGUUUGCCUACCAGGUAGGAAAAGAGGCUGCAGGGGGUAGAUUCUGGAAAGAACUCAAAGAGUGGUCCACACGACCCUGACCCCUUCCCGGGAUCCUCCUAUUUCCGCCUGUUCAGUCCAACCUCACUUGGUUGGCUCCCGUAAGUUCCCUGUCUGCCCCUCCUCUGUGUUUCCUGGAACUCUCCACUGCAAAACCAUUUCCAGGAAUAUGACUCAAGAGAUGUCCCCACUCAGCCAGACCUCAGCGUCUUCUUGCUCCCCAGGACACACUUCAUCUCCCUCCACCUCCGCGAGCCCCUCUAAUACACAGAAAUCCAUCUGUGUCUUCUCCAGGCCUCCUCACUUCCUUUCUAGCCACCCUUCCCUUAUGCAAACCCUGGUGCAGCAACUCACCUAAAUUGAACACAGGCUUGAUUGGUCUAGCAAAAGAAAUGAGCCCGAGACCCUGAGCCAGAGCCACCCCUCAGGGGCAUGUCCACAAUUCACUGAAAGCUCGCAGCUGCCUCCUCCUCACCUGCGGCUUCUGAAGAAGGAUCGAGGUAAAGCCCCUGCCGACCAGCAGCCAGUGGGAAACUCUGAUCCUGCUCCAGGCCUCCGAAUCAGAAUCUGUUGUUUAGAAAACCCUCCAGGGAAGCAUAGGCUCGGGCGGAAGUUCUGACGACCGUGGACCCCCGGCAGCCUGCUGCCCCAGGAAGGCUGGAGAUGGCGGUUUCCCCAAACUUCUCCCUCCCCAGGGGUCUGCUCAUCCUCACUUUCUUCCAGCUGUGCAAGCCGGAUUCGGCCCACUUCGACGUGAUCGGGCCGGCGGAGCCCAUCCUGGCCAUGGUGGGUGACGACAUCGAGCUGCCCUGCCACCUGUCCCCGAACGUGAGCGCCGAGCGCAUGGAGCUGCGCUGGUUCCGCAGGAAGGUGGCGGCGGCCGUGCUGGUGCGCCGGGACGGGCGCGAGCAGGCCGGGGAGCAGGUGGCCGAGUACCGCGGCAGAGCCACGCUCGUGGCCCGCGACAUCGCGGCAGGGCGCGUGGCCGUGAGGAUCCACCGGGUCAGGGCCUCGGACGACGGCGAGUACCGAUGCUUCUUCCGGCAGGACGGGAGCUACGAGGAGGCCAGCGUGCACCUUCAGGUGGCCGCUCUGGGCUCUGAUCCUCACAUCCACAUGGAAGUUCGAGAAAGUGGAGAGGUCCAGCUGGAGUGUACCUCAGUAGGAUGGUACCCAGAGCCCCAGGUACAGUGGAGGACUUCUGAGGGAGAGAAGUUUCCAUCCACGUCAGAGUCUAGGAAUCCUGAUGAAGAAGGCCUGUUCACUGUGGCAGCUUCAGUGAUCAUCAGAGACCCCUUCAUGAAGAAUAUAUCCUGCUGUAUCCGGAACCUCCUUCUUGGCCAGCAGAAGGAAGGAAACAUUUCCAUACCAGCUUCCUUCUUCCCAAAGUUGACUCCCUGGAUGGUGGCCGUGGCUGUCAUCUUGAUGGUCCUAGGAGUUCUCACAAUUGGGUCCAUAGUUUGCACUUGGAGACUCUACAAGGAAAGAUCCAGACAGAGAAAGGAUGAAUUCAGCUCUAAGGAGAAACUCCUGGAAGAACUCAAGUUGAAAAAGGCAACGGUGCAUGCAGUUGAUGUGACUCUGGAUCCAGACACCGCCCACCCCCACCUCUUUUUGUAUGAGGAUUCCAGAUCUGUCCGACUGGAAGAUUCACGUCAGGAACUGCCUGAGAAACCAGAGAGAUUUGACUCCUGGCCUUGCGUGUUGGGUCGUGAGACCUUCACGGCAGGGCGACAUUUCUGGGAGGUGGAGGUGGGAGAUAGGGCUGACUGGGUGGUCGGGGUGUGCAGGGAGAAUGUGGUGAGGAAAGGGUUUGACCCCAUGACUCCUGAGAAUGGGUUCUGGGCUGUGGAGUUGUAUGGGAAUGGGUACUGGGCCCUAACCCCGCUGCGGACCCCUCUCCCCUUAGCAGGACCGCCCCAUCGGGUUGGGAUUUUCCUGGACUACGAAUCAGGACAGGUCUCCUUUUACAAUAUGACUGAUAGGUCCCAUAUCUACACUUUCUCCAACGCCUCCUUCUCUGGCCCGCUCCGGCCUUUCUUCUGCCUGUGGUCCUGUGGUAAAAAGCCCCUGAUGAUCUGCCCAGUCACCAACGGGCCUGAGAGAGUCACAGUUGUUGCUGAUGCCAAGGACUUCACUAAGGAGAUCCCACUGUCCCCCAUGGGGGAGGACUCUGCCUCUGGCGAUACAGAUACCCUUCAUUCUAAGCUAAUCCCCAUCCAGCCCAGCCAAAGGGCACCUUAAGGAAUGUCCCAGCCCAGCUACUUUCCUUUGUCCUAAGCCCUCCCCUCCGGCCCCUCUGACACACCAGCGGCCAGGCCCGCCCAGCCCCUGUUUCCCCCUGUUGGGGAGGGAUCAGUUGGUCUUGGGAGGUGGGGUGCGGGGUGCGGGGCCUUCCUCAUCGGUUUCUGUACUGAUCCUCAGGGGGCAGGAGGUCACGCUGAAGCUGCAGCAGUCUCCUGUCCCCGGAGGCCAAAUCCUAUAGGGAGGGGCGGCUCAGCGAUCAAGAUGGGGUUAGGUUGGCAUGGGGUUGUGACAGAAACAUCUGGGCGUCCCGAAUAGGGAUGUGUAGAGGAACAGGUUUUCGGCAAGCAGGAAACCCAAAAGGUUCUAGGAAGAGAAGAUUCAAGGCUGAAAUCCCAUAAAGGAACUGGGGGGUACAUCACGAUGGACUGUGAGGGGAACCCAGGCCAAUGAUGAGCACCUGGCCCGCUUCUAGACUUUCUGGGCCUGUAUGUCCAGCUUUCUAAGACACCUCCUACAAAGUAGAGGAAACUGGCCCUACUUCCGCGGGAUCUGAGCCAUGGGCAUGGGGACCUGGGGAAGGGAUGAAAUGAGCGGGGCUGGGGGGCAGACCAAAGAUCUGAUCCAAGAGAAAACUUCAGACCAAACCCAGGCUGGGUGCCUGGCUGUGCCCCAGAUCCUGCUCUCCUCUCGGCCUCGGCCUGUUUCCCCCUCACCCCGGGGGUCCUUCCAACCUCACUCCGUGGACGCCACACAAGUUUCCAGCUCUCUUCUUCCUUUCACUGUAGAAUCUCUCCAUCCCAGAGGCUUUUCAGGAAUCCUCCUCAGUGACAUCACCCCUUUAUCCGCCAGGGUCGGCCUCGGCGCCCCUCAGCCCUCCUCCCAACCUCUGGGUUAAACCCCCAAACACACCUUCAGUUCGCUCCCCCUGCCACCCAUGCGCACCCCCUGCCAGCGUUCACUCGCCCCACCCCGCAGGCUGCUUUUCCCCUGGGCCCCCAGAUGCUGCGUGCUGGUGUGAGCUCAGCUAGCUGACCAUGUCCCCUUGUGUCUGCACUUUCCUGUACACAGUGGCUCGAGGGCAUGCCCCCGAACUGCAGAUUUAUCUGGGCGCACACCUUCCAUUUCCAUUGCAUUUUUCCAGUUUCCAGAGUAGAUGUCGCCCACGGUCUUAACCUAAUAAAUAAGUCUGUUGAUUGCUGAA